CUCCCCGCCCAGCUUAAGUGUCCUCAAUUAGCCUGCUGGGUGACGUCAGUAAGGUGACAUGGGUGUUUCUCUUCAUCAUCAUCCGUGGGCAAUAAGCUGCUGCAGCACAGCAUUAGUGCAUGGGAGAGGGGGUAAUGUGGAGAGCAGUGCUUGUAGAUGCAAUUAAAGCCCCCCACACCUCCACGCCUCUCUCUUUGCAUUUGUGCGCUGGUGCUUCUGCAGCAGCUCCUCUUCCACUGCCCGCCCGCCCGCUGCCGGUGUCGGGUCGCCGGCAGAGCGGCCCCGCUCCUCUGCAGGGCUGCAGGGCUGCGCAGCUCCUGACUGACAGAGAGAUGAGGGGUGGGGACGCAGGGUGGGGUCACAAGCAGGGAGAGGCGGAGGAGGAAAAGGCAGAGAGAGAGAGCCCAGCCCUUGAAUACACGGCAACAACACGCCGACAGAGAGAGAGAGGGAGAGACACAGAGAGACUGGCUGUUUUUUUUUUUUGUUUUUUUGGGGGGGUAAAAGCACAGGGAGCCUUCGACGCCGCGGAUAUGAACUGAAAAGAAACACUGGAAGAGGCAGGGAUCGUGUUCCUAUAUCCCGAAAUAUUUGACUGUAAAGGUGGAAAACUAGCCCCCCCAAAAAAGCCCUCCUCUCUCUCCCUGACAGUUCUGAUUCAGAUAGAGCUACACCCAAAGCCCCGACCGACCCCCUCCUGCUCCUGCUGCUCCACCCCUCCGCCGCUGCACCGCUCCGGCAACCGAGAUGCACACGGAGACCCGUAACAAGAAAUGCCAGUCAACUCCAAAGCAGAAGAAGAGCGCGGUCAGUGCCCGGAAGAGGCAGAGGAGCCCGGCCAAGCAGAGCUCCUUGACCCAGCAAGAACCGCCACCUUCUUCAUCACCUCUGCCGCCCACAGUCCAGGAAGAGGAGGAGAAGAAAGAGGAGCCUGCGACCAGGCCACGGCCGACGCAGGGAGAGGAGGAGGAGCUGAAGGAAGUGGCGACACAGUCUGUGAGGGUGAAGGAGGAAGAAAAGAAAGCAGAGGAAGAGGGCGAGAAAGACAUGCCCUCUGUACAGAUCAAACCAGAGCCAGAGGAGAUGGAGUGCACGGCAGAUAUAGGUGAUGACUGCUCACAGCCAACAGACCUGAAGGUGAAGAAGGAGUGCAAGACAGAGCCCUCCUCGCCUCAUCCGAGCCCGACCGAAGACCAGACUGAGCCCGUUGACCUUUCGCUCAACAAACCUCGCUCCGCUUCGACAACGAGCACCACAGUCAACCCAGCUCCCAGCAGCGCUGUGACCCAGCCCAGCCUGCCAGCCACACCUGUCCCCUCUGCAGUACAAUCGAUAGGCUCCAUGGUCCUCUCUCCAGGAUCCAUCUUAGCCACGCAGGGCGCUGGAGGCCAGCAGAUUCUCCACGUUAUCCAUACAAUCCCCUCAGUGACCAUGCCCAGCAAGGUGGGCCAGCUGCAGACCAUCCCUGUGGUGGUGCAGUCGCUGCCUGUUGUCUACACCACCAUGCCUACUGACGGUGUCGCCACAGCAGCCAUUACGGUGCCGCUGAUAGGCAGUGAUGGGCGCUCUGAAGGAUCUGUUCGGAUCAAGCCAGGUUCAACAUCUCCAGUGGAAUAUCAAAGUGAAAGCGAUGCAGAGAGCGGUACAGAGUCUGGAUCGCCCUCCAUCAGCGCCCAGAGCCUUGAUGCGGGGUCGGUUAUGGACUUGGAGCCCGUCGAUCCAGAUUCGCCAGACAUCAAGAGGCGGCGGAUCCACAUGUGCGACUACGAAGGCUGCAAAAAAGUUUACACCAAGAGCUCCCACCUCAAAGCCCACAGGAGGAUACACACAGGAGAGAAGCCCUACCACUGUACCUGGGAAGGCUGCACCUGGCGCUUUGCCCGCUCUGACGAGCUGACCCGACACUUUCGCAAGCACACCGGAAUCAAACCCUUCCGCUGCACCGAAUGCGACCGCUCCUUCUCCCGGUCUGACCACCUCUCCCUGCACCGCCGCCGCCACGUGAUGAUGUGAACUCUGACUUCCUUCUUCCCUCUCCCCUCCCCCGACGCCCCCAGCUCCCUAUCAAACUGACCUCUGACCCUUUGAUUUCUCAAAAGUCCCUCACAGCACAUCUUGUACCAGUGCCCCCACACCUCACACGAUACUUCCUGUUUCCCCUCUGCUCUCCUGCGGGAUUUUAAACCCACCUUGCAAACAGAAAAAAAGGACUUUACCUCCUCCUCCUCUUCCUCCUCAUCUUCAUCUCACAGUCAUAGGACAAUUGUGUCUGUGUGUUUGUUCGGUGGUGGCAGCAGGAUGUUUUUUGCUGCGUGUGUGUCUGUCAUCAUUACCGUCCAGCCCAAAGCAGUCCUCUCUACCAUCCUCCGACUCACAAGAUGUUGCCUCCUCAGAAAGAGAAAGGAUGGACUGAAGGACAUCCAGCAGCAGGGACUUUCAUGCCUCCAUCCAUCCAUUACAUGCAUCAGCCCAUCCAAAAGGCAAAGAGGAAGAGGAGGGCUCACACAGAUGUCACUUCAGCUGCUCUUUCCUUUAUUUACAGUUUUUAUUUUGUUCAUAUCCUGAGUUUGGAAUUUACAUGACUCCAAAAUUAAUUUUCUUGAAGGAUUGUUGGAAGCUAAAGAGACUUCCGAGGACGCCGCUUCCCGCCACAGCUUUUCCAGGAAACGUUUGUUUUUUCAAGUUCUCGAGAACUUUGAGUUUCGUUCCACCCCAGUUGUAUUGGCCUGAGGCAAAUGUGAUCUUACUGAGUGACGUUUUGAUCAAAUAACAGGUAAAUAACUACAUGUUUGAACGAUUACUUCACAUCCUCCUUUCAGCAUUUAUAAGCAGCAUAUGGACAUCUAAUAAUGGCACACAUGUUCAUAGAAGGUGUCUCUUCCUGUGGCCAUUUAUAAAUGGAUGUUUGCCACAGCAACUCAUGACGAUAUAAAAUACAUCUUCACAGGACAUUUCAGCAUUAAUAAAAAAUGCUCCAGAUAUCAUUGUAGCGCAUUAAAUAUUAAGUAGCUACGACCUGGAUGACGGUAAACUGCUUACAAAUGCUGAAUAUUUGGACUGUCUUCGGAUUUCACAGUGUUGCGUAGAGUAGUGCAGUUCCUGGAGUUCUUUAGUUCCUGGUUCUCUUUGUAAAAGUAAAAGAACCAAAACUCAGUUAUCAUAAAUUUAGAUGAGGUAUUUACUUAACUGUGCAUAUCGGUGUGUGUGUGUGUGUGUGUGUGUGUGCACACUUAUUUUAUUCACAGCAGCUGAAGUGACGUCAAAUGCAUCAGCAUGUCUGAGGCUGAAACACUGCGCCCCACCCUCCCAUCGCCAUUCGCCUCCUUCUGCCCUAAACCCCCGGCCCCCUCCCCCGGUACAGGGAGCUACAAGACUGUGAACUUCAUAAAACUUCAUUUGUUUUCAUUGUAUCGAUCUAUCGAUCACAUGGUUGUGUUAUCGCCCCGCCCCCCUUCCCCGCCGCACACACCUUUCUGAUUCCUCUUGGAUAACAGUAUUUGCUUUGUUUGCGCCGUCGUCGCUGUUGUUUUAUCAGAAAAACACAAAAAAAGGCCUUUAGUCCUGUCUACAUUUUUUUUCUUUUCUUUUUUGGUGUUCUAAACAAAAUGUUGUUCUUUUGUUUUUUUAUUUAAAAAGAAAAAAAACUUUCAGAUCUUUUUUUUGUUGUUGUUUUCUGAGGCUGUGAAAAAGACAGAGGAGACACAAAUAGAUUGAGAAUACAAGUAGAACUCUCAUGCAGGGAAUAGGGGAGCUUUUCUGAGUGUGCGUGUGUGCGUGUCCGUGAGUUAGUGUGCAUGUUUUGAGACAAACACAUAAUCAAGAAUUUAAGAUUUUUAUGAGUGCGUUGUUCCGGGCACUUGUUGUUCUUUUACCUCUUGCCCGUCGAGCCUUAAUAACCGAAGUCAAUCUGCAAGGGCAAAACUAGAACCGCCGACAGACGACGACUGGGCACAGCGUUCAUUUGAGUUCAGUUGUUUAGUUUUUGAAGUUUAAAAACAGGAAAUUAAAGGUGUUAUGUGUAGAAUUUGUUUCCGUAUUUGGUGAGAAAAUUUCCUAGAAAAGCAAGCAUGGUUUUUUGGCUGAAAACGAGCAGAUUUGAAAACUUUUAAAAAAAAGAAAUUGUAGAAAUUUUAACAUUUAUUUUAACAGUGUCACCAAAACGAACCUAAAGCAUUUCAAAGUUUUAACAAAUCAGAUGGUUUUAGAAAGUCCAGCUUUUACCCAUCAGACUCUUUUGAGACUGAUCUUUUUAAUAUAAUUAAAUGUUUUUGUAACCUUGCAUCGUUAUGAGAGCAACGGGACUGAUAACGGAGAGGUGAAGGUCGUUUGUUGGCGGUUCUGGGAGAAACUGGGCGUCGCGUUGGGCUGUCGGGGUCCAGGCGCCUGGGGUUUAAACCACGGGGAAACUUAAGCGCUCUCCUCACUAGCAUUUCUACCAGGGUGGGGGUCAGUUCUCUCCGGUGUGUUUUUAAUUGUGAGAGAAUCUCAGUUAAAAGCCGUGAGUAGAUGCUGACAGAUGAAUCGUGUCUCGAACUGAGUUCUUUUGGAGCAGAAUCGACCCCCGCCUCACCCUGGUUCCUUACCCACAGUGUCCAUGUCUUAAGUGGGCUGGUUUUCAGCUCCCGAUCCGGACUGAACUUGAUUAUGCAACAUAGCGCAGACCUCGCUCCAAGCGCUGUUCUGAUCUCAGUCGUAGAGCACUAGCUGGUAGUUGGAUUCCUGAUAAGCAGCUCACGUAGGGUUGUUGCAGGAACCUAAGAGGAAGGUCAGGUUUUUGUAGAGGCCUGCGCUGUUGAUCACAACUCUGUGUUGGUAUAUAAAACUUAAGGUGUGGAAACACAUCCAUAAUUUCAAACAGACUUGGUAAUGAGCGAGUGGGGAGCUGGGGUUGUGAUGGACAGAGCAGGCUUUUCUCGUCCUGGCUCGUCUCUUUUCAAGCAACAACAAUCCCCCCCAAAAACACACAUUUUGCUUCGAAUUCGUUCUCGCCAUUUAGAAUCGUCUGUCAUCAUUUCAGAAGCUAGUAAGUGAGAGCAAAACGUUUUACAUCUUGACUUUUCACAUUGCGAUAAAUGAGAUGGACAUGCAGGCUUGCUGUGAGCUGAGCGCAUGCCGUGAAGAGGGCAGAUUCGUUGCGUGGUCUGCGCGCUGAGAAACAGAAGAGAAUCCGUCUUAGCCGAGUCACUGAAUAUGGUUUAAAAAUGAGGGAAUCUGUUCCUGUCUUUCCAUUUCCCAUCAGGAGAAGCGUUACUUAGAAUCCCAGCGAUAUUCAGUCACUCGUUUGGAAGGAUUUUAUUGGUUUAUUUGUCAUGUUUUUGCAGCGCAGAGCAAUGCAAUGUUCCCAUUUCUCUUAACAUCCCCUGCUUCAACUAAAAAAACAAAAAAAAGAAGUUACUAAGCACAUCUUUCUAGAAGAGUAUAUGCAUUUGAUUGCAAUUUUCUUUCUUUUGUAAACUGUUGAUAAAGACAUUAAGGACAAUGACAAAUAAUUAAGAGAAAUCCAUGUACAUAAAUGUAUAUAAUCAAAGUGCAGAGUAAAUGUAACGGGUGAAUUUCUAUUUUUAACACUGACUAGAUAAUGUGAAAAAUCUUUUUUUUCUCUCUCUCUUCUUCCUCUGUUGGUUUGAUGAAAUGUGUUUUUCAUCAUGUGUAUUUUUUUUUUUUUCAAUCUAAGACAUUUGUUUCGUAGUUUCUUAAAAAAAACUAUUAUAUGGUCCCACUUGUGUUGUGCACAUUUGUGUUGCAUGGAGAGUAGCCUUCUUGUUUUCUUAUAGUGACGUUGGUGAGCAUGUCAAGUGCGUGUGAGACAGUUGAGAUGCCCCAGCAGGGGUGGGGGUGGGAAACGACCCCCUACUCAACUAACUAGGGAUUCAUUAUAACAACCGAGCUUAAUGUCCCAGUACUGGACCUGGUUUUAAAUGUCAAGUUAAAUGUGAGAUUCAGUUGGUUUGGGUCAGACCCUUUUUUUGCCCCCUUCAGCUUCAGGUGUGUUCUGCUCAGAUAAGUUAACAGGAAAUAAGAGGAAGUCCCCAGAUUUACAGUAGCCAGUUUAAAUGUGUCGAUAUGUUUCUCCUGUUUAAAGUCGAUGUUAAAGCAGCAAAAACAUUAUUCAUGUUAGAUCAGUCAACUGCUGCACUAAAUAAAAGGUUCUGUUAAAGAUACCUAAUUGAAGUACAAAAACAAAACACAGAGCUGCUGAUUGUGGCUUCUCCUUAGAUUCACUUUUUAUCGGACCAGAUAUUGUAUACCUUAUCUGUUUCUGGGGCUUUCUGGCACCACGUCGUUACAGUUGAGCUGCGUGGACGUUUCUUUGUGGUGCUAACAGGAAAUGGGGUUCUGGUUUUUCCAGCACAUUCAGUUUUAUCUCUCCAUCGGCCUCGUGACGGUUUCUGAGAUGGCUUUCGAUUUUUGUUGUUGUAUGUGAAUGGAAUCGUUGAUCUUUCCUCGACCACACACACUAACUGCUCGGCACUGACCUCGUUUAUCAUUUAAAUGUCAUCCUUGUGACUAAUUAGUGGACGAGGUCGGGGAUGAACGUUCACGCUCGAUUUCUUUAGUAGAAAUCCAGCGAAAUCUCAAGACCUCCAAAUACAGCUUCUUGUCUCCUUUUAGCGCCACGAAUGAAACCUCUCCUCUCAUAUAUCUCAAAUAUAUCGUAACGGAGGCAGAAAUCCCAAAGAUUAAUGCAUUAAAAAAAAGCCCCCUGAAUGCUAAGCCCCCUUUAUUUCUGGGAAUGUUAACCCCACAGAGCACAUGUACUCUGUGUCAUUUAGUAACUGCUAUUGGCCCUUUUGCUUUACAAGCACACUGAUCAGCUCAGUUGGUAUAUUUGCACCCCGAGACAAACUCACACACGCACUGAAACCUCUGGAGACACACCGACGAUGGUCGGUUAUUAACAUCCGAGCCUGUUGACGACAACCCGGGCACGAUAUUUUCGCUGUUGUUGGAGCUUUGGCAGGGAGACUGAUGCAUGUGUACAUUUAUCUCCUGCUUCUUGUUGGUUCGUGCAAGCUUGUUUUUCCUCAGUAUUCCUCUUUUUUUUCCUUUUUCCCCUUUUUGUUCUUGUAUAAAAGCAGGAGUGUGAAAAAGAGAACCAUAAAGACAGAGUUUUAUCCCUGCUGAAACCGUAACGGGAUCGUGUCUGAGGGUGACGUCACGUCUGUGCGCGAGUGCCUCGACUCACCACGAAUCACAUCUUCUGCAAAUCUGGAACUUUUAGGUAUUUUCUAUUGAAUGCAGUAACUUAUGGGCCAGUACUAUAUUUACUCAGUGCAAUGCAGUUAUCAUUAUAAUAAUACAAUUAUUAAUAAUAUUUUUCUUUUUUGUAUUUGUACAGAACAAAUGUGUAAAGAUCAGUGAGGAAAACGUGAGCUUUUUGAUACUGUGACUCAUGGUGUUUAAAAGUCAGUUUCUCCCUGUACAGUUGUGAUUAUUUUCCCCUCCCUUUCUUCUUCUUUUAUAGAAUAAAAAAUGUUUUUGGUGCAAUUUAA